AUGUCUGUGCGAGCUGCAAGAGCCUUGCGAGGAGUGUCACCCCGCUUGACGGUCGCUUCGACAUCUAGCCUGCCGCCUGUCCGACCUCAAUGCGGCGAUCGGCGAGGCUAUGCUGAGGAAAAGGGAGCGCCUCCGCCGCAGCCUUCAGCUGCGCCAUUUGAGGAACCUGCCGGCAUAAAUGCUGCCGAUCACUUCAAGGACCUACAACAGCCUCUGCACGAGUUUGGCAGCUAUCUGACCGGAUGUCUGCCCAAAUUUAUACAGCAAUUCUCGGUGUACAAGGACGAGUUGACGCUUUACGUCGCGCCCGACUCGGUCGUGCAAGUCCUCACCUUUCUACGAGAUCAUUCCAACACACAGUACAAGUCUGCCGUUGAUGUCUGCGGUGUCGAUUACCCGACCCGGCCGAAGCGAUUCGAGGUCGUCUAUAACUUGCUCAGCGUGAAGCACAACUCCCGAAUCCGCGUCAAGACCUACGCCGAUGAGGUCUCACCUGUGCCGUCGUCUGUGGGCGUCUUCAGGGGCGCAGACUGGUACGAGCGUGAGAUUUAUGAUCUUUUCGGCGUCUUCUUCACUGGUCAUCCCGAUCUCAGGCGAAUCCUGACCGACUAUGGCUUCGAAGGUCACCCGUUGCGCAAAGACUUCCCCCUCACAGGAACGACAGAAGUGCGCUACGACGAAGAGAAGAAGCGAGUCGUCUCCGAACCGCUCCAGCUCGCUCAAGCCUUCCGCAACUUCGAAGGCGCAGCGUCACCCUGGGAGCAAGUCGGCGAGGGAGUGUCUGCCCGUCCAGAGACAUUCACGAUCAAGCCGCCUGAGCCAGAACCGAAAGAAGGCGAGAAGAAGUAG